GUUUUCGCACCAGAUUAUUUCACAAAACAUUCACGUCGCUUAAUUAAAUGAAGUUUGAACCACAGGACUUUACUAACUCUCUGUGCUUUGAGUUUGUUUUUAUUUGUGGAAUGACGUGUUGGGGACAUAAUUUUCAUUGUCUGCUAAAUUAACCCUUUGAGUGAAUGAUAGAUGUGGAGCUCAGUCCGUCCAACAGUAGCAAGCCGGUGUUUAUGAGACAUAUGAGGCAGAGGAUAGAAAGUGAAAUAUCCUAAAUACAACUGAAGGUCUAUUUUUGCAUAAUUAGAAGACGUAUGCACUAAGUGUGGAUGUGAAUAGUUCUGUAUUGACCUUUGCAGAAACACACACAACUACAUCAAGAUUACAUUAUUAUAAUUCAUUUAGCAGACUUACAAAAGAAAGGCAGCUUAAUAUUUUCUCAAAAGGACGAAAAACUUUUCUGUCAGUGUGUUGCAUUUUAAAGGGAUACUCCACCCAAAAGUGAACAUUCUAUCAAUUGCACUUUCCUAAAUUGUAUGAAUGUUUUUGGUUGAACACAAAGAAACGUAUUUGGAAACAUGACAUCUCUUUGACGAAAAAUGUAAAUGUUAGUCAAAUGUGCCCUGAACUGUUUGCUUUCUUCAAUUCUUCAAAAUAUCUUAUUAAGAGUUCAUCAGAACAAAAAUAGAUGGGCUACAAUAAUUAUCAUACAGUGGAAGUCAUGUAUUACUACCGUCUUCCGGAGCAGAAGGUGGCGGUACUGCGCUACUACGUUGGUUGAAAACCGCCAUGAAACAACACUGGAAGAAGAAGAAGUGGAACCAGAAACGGAGAUCUGCUGAAGAAGAGAGAGCUUUAAAUCAGGUCAAGACUUACACGAGAACAACAAGGUGUUAAAGCCAGAGUUGUGAGACACAGUCCUGCAAUCUAAUCCAUAAAGAAAAGAUUGAAGACAUGAGUGAUCUGGACGUAUGCCAAAAAAAAAACCAAGAGGAAGAAACAGACCCGAUGAAACUGGAAGAAACCUCAAUACCAGUGACCACACCCAAUUGCAUCCAGACUUGUUUUUCGAAAACCGGCAGCAAAACUUUUCUUUGCCCUCAUUGUGAAAAGGUACUUGGAAGUAAAUGUAGCCUUGCGGAGCACAUAAGAAUCCACACUGGAGAGCGCCCACACCCAUGUCCUCACUGCGGAAAGUGUUUCAUCCGAAAAGCAAGGCUUACAGAACACAUGGCGGUUCACACCGGUGAGCGUCCGUUCGCAUGUCCUCAGUGUGAAAAGGUACUUGGAAGUAAAUCUAGCCUUGCGGAGCACAUCAGAAUCCACACUGGAGAGCGCCCACACCCAUGUCCUCACUGUGGAAGGUGUUUCAUCCGAAAAGCAAGGCUUACAGAACACAUGACGGUUCACACCGGAGUGCGUCCGUUCACAUGUCCUCAGUGUGGAAAGAGUUUCAGAAGAGGAGCAAUGCUUAAGCAGCACUUGAGAAUCCACACCGGAGAGCGCCCGUACACAUGCCCUCAAUGUGAAAAGAGUUUCAUGAAUGAAGCAAAUCUGAGAAAGCACAUCAAAAUUCAUACAGGAGAGCGGCCGUACUCGUGCGUUCAGUGUGGGAAAAGUUUCAUUCACAAACACAAACUUGACAUCCAUGUGAGGAUUCACACCGGGGAGCGUCCGUACGAGUGUGAUCAGUGCGGAAAGACUUUCAACAGGCAAGAUAAACUCACAGCUCACAUGAGAGUUCACACCGGACAGUACCCAUACACGUGUUCUCUGUGUGAAAAGAGUUUCGUGAAUAAAGCCACUCUCAACAUCCACAUGCAGAUCCACACUGGAGAGGUUUCACGACCGUAAAUAGAUGCUUCGUGAGUACAUUUUGAGAGGAAACCCUCACCAAAAACUUUUAUUGCUAUUUAGGAAGACUCUGGGGUGGUUUUCCCGAACAAGGUUUAAGACUAGCCAAGCCAUAGACUAAAAUAAUUGUUAAAGCAGUUUGAACUGAAAAAUGCUCACACUGAUAUAUCUUAAAAUACAUUGGUGCUGUUUGUUUUUGUGGUAAUGCUGUGUUCAUACCAAACGUGAAUGAUCGUGCUCCUCGCUCGUUAUUACUCGCGGGAAAGUUCGUUAUUUUAUAAUAUUUGUGACGCGAGCUGACAAAUAUUAUCUACUUUCGUGACACGCUUUUGACGCUCGUUUCUCGUCAUAAGCAUCGCCUGCCGUGAUACUGUGUCUGCUCGUGACUUUGAAUUGACUUAGUAUGUAAUUUACUUGCGCAAACCGCUUAAUUUGCAUUUGGUGUGAACACAGCAUUAGAUCAAAUGCUUGGUUCACACCAACCACUAACAAACACGUUCCUUGCUCUUUAUUACUCUCGGGAAAGUUUGUUAUUUUCACGUAAGUGACUCUAGCUUCAAAAUAUUUUCAACUUGCAGGCAAAUUUCUUAAUUGACGUUUGGUGUAAACU